UCCAGAUUUUAUACACAUCAUGGAAAAAUCAAAACCUGAGACAGGGCCAGAGGUACUCAAACCAGGCAGAGCUGUCAUGCAGUACCGCUGUAUCAAUUGUGGAAUUGGUUCAAGUGACCUCUAUAAAGAUUACAGAAAUGGAAUCAUAAAAAUGAUGCAUUGUGUGCAGUGCAGUGAAAUCAUUGAUAAGUAUAUAGAAUACGACCCAGUUGUCAUCAGUUUGGAUGUCCUGCUUCUCAACAGAAAGGCAUUACGUCACGUAUUGUUUAAUAGCAAUGUACAGGGUGUUUGGAAGUAUGUCAUUUUAUUACUGACAUGUGAUGCAUUUGUCAAGCUAGCACUCCAGAGAGCCAAAGGGGAGAUCACUCCUGUUAAUCCAACUUACAUCAUAUACUCUGCCAUGGAAUGGGGACUUUAUAAAAACUGUUUAUUGGCUGCCAUUGAACUAUCAUCUUUAGUCCUUUGUAUUUGUGUACUGGUAAUGGUAUUUUCUUCUUUAAAUCCAACAUUAAGUUCUUAUAGCUGUAACAGAUGGAAGGACAUUUCAAAUCUUGUGCAAGCUGUGGUGCUGUCUAACUUUGGCAAGUUCCUAGUGAUCCUGGCUGUACUGUGGGGAACUAAGAACAGUCACUUAUAUAUCCAGCUUAUCAAGACGUACAUAUGUGCAGCCAGUGUCCAGGCUUUAAGAGUUUGCUUGCCACACUGGAGAGUCCUUCAAGUGUCUAUCAUUGCCAUAUUAGGACAUUUACUGUCAAUGUAUGCAACAUAUUCUGUUCAACUUACUUUGUUUGGAGGUUGAUCAAGAAAAUAAUCAUUAAAACAAAGGGAGAUUAUCAGCAUGUCCAGGUAAAAGAGAAGAAAUCGGAUGGAUUAACUUCUUAUUGUGGAUUUUUACCAGAUUAUUGGCAUCGUGAGUUGACAGUCAUUCACAUGCAACUGUAGGAUUGUUAUGCCAAAAAUCAAGAGGAUAAAUUACGCAAAGGUUUAUCUAAUCAUAAAAAGUGAAUGGAUAAUAUUUUUCCUGUUUGGAUUAACACUUGCUUUGAAAAGAUUGAAUAGGGAGAAAUCAUUCAAAACUAAAUGGAAUAAAAAGGAAAACCCA